AUGAGGCUCUUUAAUCUAGUUGCGGCUCUCCAGUUCUCCAUUUUCUUUGUUGCUGCACAGUUCGAAGAUUUACUGAGCAAAAAUUUGACUGAUUCCUCGAAUCCAAUGAUACGAUACUUCGACAAUAGAGAACAGCUUGAGGCAUCCCCUUUCUGGGAGCAGUUCAUCGAUAAGCGAUACAUUUUAACGAUCAGAAGCGUCAUGAUAUGCUUAAAAGAUGAGAAAGUCUUCUUAAUUUUCAACGAGGAGGAUCAAAAGAAGAAAUACCAGCAAUGGGUGCCAUGGAUCGGUCGCAGCACGAACCAAUUAUUUUUUACAGAAGUGAGUUUUGGUGAUGAUGUAUACUGGGUCGGCUCGGAUAAUUACCCGAUCCUUACUGUUUCAGCUGAAUACUCAUCUCUGCCGGUCCAGAUUGAGCGUGAAUUGGUGCACGGUAACUCCAUUCGUCUUAAUCCUUCCUUGCUGGUUCUGUUGGGAAUUCUCUACACAGGGUGGAGAGUUGUCAUGGAAUCAACCAAUUCCUUGUAUGUAGCUGAAAAAGAGAGUAUCAUUUGUCGUGCCAGUCCAGGCGUCAGAGUUCAGCUUCAAGUCAGCAACAAGAUGCUCUCCUUCCCAUCUGCCCGCACCCGCACGUUGGAGUACAAUAUUAAAACUCAAGAAUUCAUACCCAGUGAUUGGAGUUUGAUUUCAAGUGAGGUCAGUGAUCAGAAAGUGAAAGGCAUGCUAUUGUCCACGCUGACCAUGUUUGAACGGGCGCGUUGUGUGACCAACGAAGCAAUGUUUGAAUCCCAGAGCCAGCGACAAUUAAUCGAAUACCAAACAGUCUUUAACCACACUUCCCUUUUUGAUCAUUCAAAUGGACACGAUUCUCCGCACAUUUAUUAG